AUGGCAGAAGCACAUUCAGCUGUAGCAUUUUCUUUUGCUAUUACCCAUGAUGGUUUGGAUGUUAACUUUGACCGUGAAGUUCUCUAUCUAGUAUGGGAGUCUGGCUUACGCUCCUGGAAGAAACGACUAGCUCGCUUCAGAAACAGCAUUCACAAUGGCGUAUACCCAGGACACCUACAGUCCUUAUAUGUGCUAUGGACACUGCUUGUGGCUGCACACUUUGGUGGAUUUAAUAUUCCAUUUGAUCUAGUACAAAAAGCUACCUCAAUCCUACCAGGGGAUUCUACAAUGUGGCAAGUAAUUGCUUGUCUUUUAGCAGCUCUUACAAUGUGGCUUACUGUCAUCUUUAUGAUGAGGUACAUCCUAAAGCUGCUUUUAAUGUACAAGGGAUGGAUGUACGAGUCCCGUGCCCCUGGCUCAAGAAUAUCUGUUAAGACAAUGAUCUGGGUGAGCGUAGUAAAAGUGCUGUCUGGUUGGAACAAGCCACGCCUUUAUAGUUUUCAAGGAUCUCUUCCACGACUGCCUUUACCAUCUGUUCAAGAUACAAUGAAUAGGUAUCUACUGAGUGUACGGCCACUUCUCGACGAUGAAAACUAUAAAAGAGUGGAGCUUCUUUCAAAGGAUUUCGAAGAAACAAUUGCUGUAAAACUUCAGAGAUAUUUAGUGCUGAAGUCCUGGUGGUCCAGCAACUAUGUAUCAGACUGGUGGGAGGAGUAUGUUUACCUGCGAGGUCGCUCACCUCUCAUGGUCAACUCAAACUUCUAUGGAACUGAUACAUUAAUGCGUCCCACUUCCAUUCAGGCGGCCAGGGCUGGAACAAUUGUUCACUUCGUUCUGAAGUUCCGCAGGCUUAUUGAGAGACAAGAAUUGGAACCGAUAAUGCUUCAAAACAUGGUUCCAUUAUGUUCCUGGCAGUACGAAAGACUAUUUAACACAGUACGUGUCCCAGGGAUAGAGACAGAUAAAUUAGUUCACUAUCAGGACUCCGCGCAUAUCACCGUUUACCACAAAGGGAAAUACUUCAAAGUUGUCGUAUACUCAAGGGGUAGAUUGCUCAAUCCAGCAGAAAUUCAAAUUCAAAUCCAACAUAUAUUAGAGGAUAAAACGGAGCCAUGUAUCGGUGAAGAGCGGGUAGCAGCCUUAACCGCUGGUGAGCGUUCCCACUGGGCUCAUAUCCGACAGACAAACUUCAAUCGUGGCCAUAAUAGGACCUCUCUUCAUUGUAUUGAAAGAGCUGCUUUUAAUGUUUGCUUAGAUGACAAGGAAUAUGGAUUCAACGAAGACGACCCUUCAACAUUGGAUGACUAUGGCCACACGUUAUUACACGGAAAAGGCCACGACCGUUGGUUCGACAAGUCCUUCAAUCUUUGCUUCAGUACUAGUGGAGCAGUCGGUUUCAAUACUGAGCAUACUUGGGCGGAUGCGCCGGUCAUGGGUCACCUUUGGGAGUACGUUAUUCUAACUGAGCUCACAUAUGGAUAUUUACAAGAUGGUAACGCACGUGGUACAGUCGAGGCACCACCGCCUACCCCUGUACGCUUACAAUGGGAUCUUAAUAAUGAAGAAUUGCUUCAAAACAUAGAUAUAUCGUACAACGUAGCCCAGAAGUUACUCAAUGAUGUCGACCUAAAGAUACUACACUUUACUAAAUACGGAAAAGGUUUCAUGAAAGGCCUCCGAGUGUCCCCGGACGCCUUCAUACAAAUGGUGCUGCAAUUGGCUUAUCACCGUGACGCCGGACAUUUUUGUUUGACAUACGAGGCCUCCAUGACUCGCUUGUUUCGUGAGGGUCGCACUGAAACGGUCAGGUCGUGUACUAUUGAGAGCUGCAAAUGGGUGAAGUCAAUGGAAGAUCCCAAGGCUUCGGUCACAGAACGGCUGGAGUUGUUCUUGGCAGCGAGUGAGAGGCACAAAAUUGGAUGUCAGGAUGCGAUGACGGGCCACGGCAUCGACCGUCAUUUGUUCUGUCUCUACGUUGUCUCGAAGUACUUGGAAUUGGACUCGCCGUUUCUGCAAGAAGUGUUUAAUGAACCGUGGAGGCUCUCUACCAGUCAGACACCUUAUGGUCAAACAAGCCUUUUGGACCUAAAGAAGUACCCCAAGUGUGUAGGCGCAGGUGGUGGUUUCGGCCCAGUAGCCGAUGACGGAUAUGGUGUCUCCUACAUCAUUGUAGGCGAAGACAUGCUUUUCUUCCACGUGUCAAGCAAAAAGAGCUGCCCUGUUACGAGCUCCAGCAACUUCGUGACACAAAUUGAGAGAUCACUCGUCGAUGUCCAAGAAUUGUUCUACGAGUACCAGAAAAUAAAAAAUGUUAAGUAA